AUGGCUUCAGGUUCCAGGCUUGGGUACCAACAAGGCUCUGGACGGGUUCGAGUCGACUCUGAUCCCUUUAUUCUACUUCACCAUGCUGGCGGAGCAACUCUGCUCGACACAGCCUCUGCCGCGGACACAGAUUUGAUCGGGGUCCAGUCCCAAUUACCCGGAAUGAACUCUGCCAGUGAUGACACGUCCACGAUAUAUCCAUCGCCUGCUGGCUACCACUCCUCGGAAUAUUCUGAUCCUUUCAUGCCUUUUCUUUCGAGUGACGAUUCCCAAGGCAACUUCCAGUAUCUUGCUCCUGACUCUGACUUGAACUCGCCCCUGUCUCCGAGUUCCCAGCAUACUCCUCUUCAAGCUGUUGGUGAUUCCAGUCACAAUUCUAGUUCUCUUCAGCUACAGAGCCAGCCUGGGGAUCAAGGACCGUGGACACAAUUAGACGUUUUCAGACGACGGAGUUCUCCCUUGCCGGACAACACCACUACUCAUCUACUUGAACAUCCACAACGUCUGAAUACACCUACCCAUCGACCGCGACAUUCGUCCGCCAGUGGAGAGGUGUCGAACGGAGAUUCUGGCUACUUCACUGGAUCGCGCAAGUCACAUCAUGGGUUCGAGUCUGUGACAGGUCUUUUCGGAGAACAGAUGGAUCCUCGGGAACAGAAUUAUACCCAAGUACCUCAAUUCAAUAUACCGCAAGGAGCCGGAUAUGUCUCCUCUGCCUCAGCGACCAUCAUUACUCAGGCUGACUACAACCACAACAAUCUACCUCCGCCUCCAUAUACUCUGACUCCGCAAGAUAUCCAGCCGGCCCAGGAGAACAUGGCCUUAUACUGCCCCGAAUGCGACUGGCACGCAAAGACAAAUUCCGAUUUCAAGAAACACAACGCCCGCCAUGAGCGACGACAUGUUUGUCCGCUUAGUGGAUGCUCUCGUAAAGGCAAAGGCUUUGCUACAUCCAACGAUCUUGACAGACACCUGAAGACCGUUCACCAAAUCAAUAGGCGGCGUGGUAGCAAGUACUUCAAGUGCUUUUCGGAAGGUUGUACAAAAGCAGACAAGCAAUGGCCCCGGCAGGACAAUUUCAAGCAACAUCUCAUUAAAAUGCAUCCAGGUGAGGAUGUGGAGGUGUUGUUAAGAAUAUCUAACGACUGGUUCGCGCAGCAUGGACAUCAGGCGCACAAUGAGCCACAGGAUGACACACAGUCAAACACGGCUCCUGAUGAGAUGGACAUUGACAGUUCCAAUGUGUCUGUUACACAGCAGUUUCCAGCAUAUCCAGCAGACAACUUCAUGUUCCCGAUGGGCAAUGCACUGCAGCACGAGUUUAACUUGAAUUCCCAGCCUUUCGACCCAGGCUUUGCUGUUACACCAACCCCUCGACAUACAACUCGGGGACAACACCGGCGCCGUGUUUCGACCUCGGCAACUGGCUCUCGUCCACAAGCACAGUUUCCACUUCCUCCUCUCGACACCAGCAACGUGGGCCAAUUCUCAACCCCCAUGCAAAGGACAAAAUCAUCACAAGCCUACCAACUGCAGUAUCCCGACGCUGGACCGUUCCAGAGCAACACGCUUUAUCAUGUGGGACACGUUUCCAUACCUGAUUCUUCUUGGACCAAUCUAGAGCCAUAUUUGCCGAACAUGAGGCCUGAUUAUCCUGUCAAGUAUACUGUCGAGAAUCAGCAGAUCUUUAGGACCAAAGGUCCCCAUACAGUGGCCAACCCCUCCUUUGAUGUAAAUAGGAUGACAGAUGUUCCUUCUCCACUGGAACCACAACCUUCGAUGCUGAACGAGCUGAGGGGACAACAAGACGACUUUCUGAUGAAUACGACGGGUGGUGUGGCGAGUGAAAGUGUCACUCCUAUCUCGCCGCAGCAGAGCUUUCAAUGCAAAAUAACACCUCCGGAUAAUGAAGGCAAGCCAAACGAGGCAGAGCUUACUAGGCUUCGUGAUCUUGCAGAGGACAUCCACAAAUUCGUCGACGAUUACAAAAAGUCAAAGCCUGACUCACCACUGCCAAUCGAAGACAUUUUCAGUCGCGUCAGACUUACUAUGGGUUCGCUGAGCAGCGUUGGGAGCUCAUCAGUGAGUCGUGUUACUGGCGAAGCCGACACUGAAAGUGCUGUGAGCAAGACAUCCCCAAUUACCAGGGAGGGUGUCCAUGUAUGCCCAGUUUGCCGCAAGACGAAGAAGCGUCCGAGUAAAUUGAAGAAGCAUAUGCAGCGACACGAAAAGCCCUAUGGAUGUACGCAUGAUGGAUGCUACGGCAAGACAUUCGGCAGCAAGAGUGACUGGCAACGACACGAGCGAGGCUGCACCAUUAUGCCUCAACAGCAAGAUUGCUGGCGUUGUUUCAAAUGUCACGAUGUAUGUUGGGAUCAGGGAGAGUACAUUCGUCACAUGAUCAAUGUGCACUCCAUCAAGCAAGUGGAGAAGACUCCGUACAGCCCCAGACAUCAGCGCAUUGCCAGGAACUACGAGGGCCCUUUCUGGUGUGGGUUCUGCAACAAGAUCAUCCCGCUUCCGCAUCAAAAGCAGGGCGUCGAGGCGUUCAAUCUCAGGUCUGACCACAUCGCCGAACACUUCACAAAGGAGAAGAAGAGCAUCAAGGACUGGAUUGAGCUGACCGGCCACGGGAUGACCAAAGAACUUCGCAGCAAGGAAGGACAAGGGCAGAACCCUUCUUCUGCGAUUGCCAUCCAGGAAGACGACAAUUGUAUCUUGUCGCCUGAACUCGAGAGCGCAGGUACACAAUCGUCCUCGUCCAUGCAAAGCGGAAUGUUUGGAGAGCAAGUCUUCUACCCGCAGUCUCAGUCUUCGUCCUUGGGCAUCGUGGGCUUCAACAAUCACCAACAGUUGCAGUUCAGUAACCCAUUCCAGAGUCUGCUGCAGCAGCAACAGAUCAUGACGGGCCAGAUGGAGAUGAGCACGGCAGGUCGGCAAGCACCAGGUCAGAUGAACCCUAUGCAUGCCCAUGCCGACCCGGCACGGCAAAGGCGACAUCAUCAACAACCCCGCAAGCGCACACAGCAGCUGGCCCAGUCCGUCGAGUGUUGUCAGUGCUCGGUUCCUGCCAAUGUAAUGCUCAGCAAGGUUUGUAUUUGUGACCACCUGUUUUGCGACUUUUGCAAAUACCGGGGAGCUCCCAAGGAUGAUCACUGA